UGUGUGUGUGUCUAAUAUUUCCAGGUUUACACCAUGUUCAAAUGUGAGAAAUGAAGGGGCUGCAGAUCAGAGUGAAGGACUGGAGCUGCGUCAGUAGAUGUAACUGUACAAGGAUUUACAACAACACAAAAUGUGUUAAAAUGACAAAUGAGAAAACAGGGAGUGCUCUUGUGUUGAGCAGAAACAAUGUGAACAGACUGGUUUACUGAAGGAAACAACAUUUACAAAAACAGAUGAAGACAUGAACAGCACAGACAGAUUCACUGUCCAUAUUUAUAGAGUCUAACUAAAGGAAACACUGAUCACCAUAAUGAGGACUUCAAUGAAUAAUUCUCAGUAAAACUACAGCUAAAGCUCUAUUCAUCGUCAAUAAGAUCUUCUGUAGACGUCUGACAGAAAUAAAGUCAAGCUGGUUUGUAAUAAGUGAAGCUGGUAAUGCUGUUUGAUCCUCCUCUGCUUUGUAAAUUACACUAAAUUAUCAUCCGUACAUGAUCGACACAACGGGGAACGGCAUCAGUGUGGCCGGUGUCUGAAGCACAUGCGCACUCCAGAGAUGGCACUCCAGUUUAACAGACUUCAGAUUUGACUUCAGACUCGACUCGACUUGACACAAAAGACUCGUGAAUAUUUUAAAAAUAAGUCUUUUACAAGUCUUAACUACUGGAACAACAUUUUUAUGAGACAUCACAUCCACAAAGUCUACUGCAUACAUCAGAUGAGAUGUACGUCUGUUUUAAUGACAGGCUGUGAUUUUCCCCAAAGUCUCUUGAAAAACCGGUUUCCCUUGUUUUCCCGGAGACGAGUUUCAGAGCUUUUUCUCAAGAAGUCAGUUCAGAGGAGGAACAAGAUGCCUACAAAUGUCCUUGUUUUUCACGACGUGAAUCAGUGAAGAAAGAUGGAGUCUGUUUUAUGUGAAUAUCUUCUGGAUGUUCUGGAUGAUCUAAAAACAGAAGAACUGAAGAAAUUUAAAUGGUACUUGAAGAAUUCUUACCGUGUUCAAAGUUCUGAUCUGGAGAAGGCAAAACACAGCACUGAUACAGUGGAUCUGAUGAAGAAGCGUUUUGGACCAGAAGAAGCUGUGAAGAUCAUGGUGGUCAUCCUGAGGAAGAUGAACCAAAACCAUCUGGCUGAUCAGUUGGAGAAGAAACACAAGCAAGCUCAGGCUGAGGGCAGUAUCGAGGGUCCUGACCCCGCUGGAGCCAGUUCAGAACUGAUGAAGAAGGGAGAGGGAUCCCAGCUCAGCACUUGUCCUGAUCCCAGAGCGCUCCCCCCUUCUCUGGCUGGGCUAGGAUUAAACGAGAGUGAGGAGAGGAAGAGAGAUGUUGAACUGUUGAGGAACCGAGGAACUGAUCCCAGGACCAGGAAUGACUUCCUAAAAUAUUCCCAUCGGAUCACUGCGGAUCUGAACACAGCACAUAAACACCUCCGUCUGUCUGAGAGCAACACAGUGAUUACUGCCACUGGCACACCACAGUCGUAUCCUGAUCAUCCAGACAGAUUUAAUGAUUAUCAUCAGCAGGUGUUGUGUAGAGAGAGUGUGUGUGAUCGACGCUGUUACUGGGAGAUUGAGUGGAGUGGACAUGGUGUGUUUAUAUCAGUGUCAUAUAAGAGCAUCAGGAGGAACGGAGGGGGUGAUGAGUGUGUGUUUGGACAUAAUGAUCAGUCCUGGAGUUUGGACUGCUUUUCCUACAGUUACUCAUUCAGACACAAUGAGAUAAAGACUGUUCUCCCUGUAAAGCCCAUCAUCAGUAGAUCAGUGAAUGAGAAGAAUCACUAUAGAGUAGGAGUGUAUGUGGAUCACAGUGCAGGAACUCUGUCCUUCUACAGCGUCUCUGGAGACACAAUGAUCCUCAUCCACACAGUCCAGACCACAUUCACUCAACCGCUCUAUCCUGGGUUUAAUGUUUGGUUUACUGGAUCAUCAGUGAAACUGUUGUAGAGUCUCUUCAUGACAUUAACACUGAAAUAUCAGGACACAAUAAAUGUGUGUUAAUGACUCAGAAUCACAUGAUGAAGUAAAUGUUGAAAUAUUGUAAUAAAUGUUGAACUCAGUGUAUGUAUAUUGUCAUGUUUUUUUUGUUUUUUUUUUUUAAAUUAUUGCGAACAUUAUAAAGAUGACAUUAAUGUAUACAUUUAUGUAUAUGGUAUACAACAUGUAUCAACAUUAUAUACAAUGUCAUCUGAACAUACAGAACAAAAAAAUAUGACAUUUGCAAACAGAAAAAAAGAAAGAAAAAUUAGUAGAGGAAAGAAAAAGAAAAAAAGAGGGUAAGAUUAAUUUACAUUUCAAUUAGAGUAUUCAAAUUAAAAUCAUUACAAAUUGAGGUUGUUCUUCUUGCUUUCUUAUUUACAGAGGAUGAAAUAGUGUUAAGGUACAUUUUAAAUUCUUUCAAAAAAACAAGAAAAAUUGGUUUGUUGUUAGAGAAUUUACAUUUAUGGAUAUAGAAUUUGCAAAGAAAAUAAAACAAGCUUUGUUUUUAUUAGAAUCAGAAUCAAAGUGGCC